AUGGGCUCGGUGCCGGAGGAGCUCAGCCUCGUCCCCCUGCACCGGCGGCCGGAGCUGCUGGAGGCCUGCGCCGAGCUGCUGGCCGAGGAGUGGGGCAAGAGCCGGGCGCUGCGGCUCCACGCGCUGCGCCGCUCCUCGGACGCCUUCCCCACCUGCCUGGUGCUGCUGCGGACCCCGGGCCCCGCCGAGCCCCCCGCCGCGCCGGGAGGUCCCUGCCGGCUGGUGGGGCACGUCCGGCUGUCCCGGGUGGCCGGCCAGCCCCACGGCCUCUUUGUGGAGAGCGUGGUGGUGGCCCGGGCGCUGCGGGGCGCCGGCUACGGGCGGCAGCUGAUGGAGGCCGCCGAGCGUUACGCCCGCGCCCGCGGCUUCCGCCGCCUGCACCUCAGCACCCACGACAAGCAGCACUUCUACGCCCGCCUGGGCUUUGCCCUGGCCGAGCCGGUGCAGAGCGUGCCCUUCCUCAGCCCCGCCAUGCCCGCCGAGGUGCUGCGGGCGUUCGCCGCCCCUGCCAGCCCCGCCGCAGCCGCCCCGGGGGGGCCCCCUGCCCCCCGGCCCCCUCUGCCCCCUCCUGCUGCGCCCCCACCGCCCCCUCUGCCACCCCUGGCCCGGGCAGGGGGAGGCCAGGCCGAGAGCUGUGGGCAGAGCCUCCUGGAGACCCCGCACCGCGACGCCAGGGGGCUGCCUGUCUUUUGGAUGAAGAAGGACAUCUGA